AUGUCGGAGAAAUUGACCAAAAAGCAAAAAAAGGCCUUGCAGUUCAAGAAAGGUGCACCUGAAAAGGAAAUUGUAAAAGAGCAAGAUGCUACUGUUGAAAAAAAACGUAAACGUGAGGAAGAGGCGCCAGCGAAAAAGAAAGCUCCCCCCAGAUUUAUUUUAUUUGUCGGCAACCUGCCCUAUGAUCUGAAGGAAGAAGAGCUUAAAGAACACUUUAAGACCGCUAAUCCCUCCAAUGUGAGGAUGCGGAAAGGUUUUGCGUUUAUGGAGUUCGAAGGCAACGAGGCAUCGAAGAAUCUACACAUCGCUUUGAGAUUCCAUCACUCUACUUUGAAAUACAGAAAGAUUAACGUCGAGUUGACCGCAGGCGGUGGUGGCAACUCUGCAAAACGCCGCAAGAAGCUGGAUCAGAAGAAUGCUGCUUUGCAGGAUGAACUCACAGAACGAAUUGAGCAGGAAAAGAAAACGAAACUUAAUACAAAGUCGGGUUCCACCGAAGAAAGUUCGAAGGCCGCCGCCUCAGAUUUCGGAAAUAUUCAUCCAGACAGACUUCGACAAAUCAAAAAGUAA